AUGCCGCUUGAGCGAGCUGCCAGCGAUGUGCACAUCAUUGAUAAUUAUCCGGAAAAUGAUACCGAUCGCAUUAUUAUGACCAUUCUGCUCGUCGUGUUUCCGCCUCUUGGUGUAAUGUUCAAAUCGCACGGCUUCUCCAAACACGUCUUCUUCAACGUGCUCUUCUACAUUCUCUUCGUAAUUCCCGCCUAUUUUCACGCGGUUUGGUUCUGUUUCGUGAGACAACGCAAAAAUGCCAUCUUCACAUCGGCAUUGCAAGAAAAUCUCAAACUGGCCACCAUUUCAGCUGCCAUUAAUCACAAGGAUAUCGAGGUUUAUUGA